UCGCACUACGAAAACGAUUGAAAUACCUUUUAAAAUCAAGAACGUAAGAAUGAAAGAACUUCUGAUGUUAGUAACUCAAAUCGUUUUAUUGGUUUUCUCUGCAGAUAUUCCUAAUUCCACAUGUGCGGAUAGAUGCUGCCAUAAUUUUUAUAAAAAUUGGCUCAACGGAUUGUGUGUUGAGUGUCCGCUUGGUAGUUUUGGAUUGAACUGUAAUGAAACCUGUCCCCCUCAAUACUAUGGGAGACUUUGUCGCAUCAAGUGUGACUGUCCCUUACAGCACUGUAACCAAAUGUAUGGAUGCGUUUAUCUUUCAAUCAAUGAUGGAGGUGACAACCCUUGGAAGUAUGUAGCCUUAACACUGAUCGGAUCCAUAGCCAGCCUAGCUGCUGCUGGACUCAUGGUUUUUACGAGAUUGUGGAUGGCCAGAAGAGUUAAACAAGAAAUCAAUGAGUCAAACGAGAGUCAAAUAGGAAUGGACAGUCUGAUUCCUAAUGGUAUUAAUAAAAAUAUUUUUAAAAACUUCAUUGAGGAAAAUAAAUAUGAAGAACACCAAUGUUCCCCAUCCCGGGAUGAAAUGGAAGCGAUACAUUUCUAUAACAUGUCUGCUGAAAACAACUAUGCUGAACUGAGGACCUCUGCUCUGUCUCCGAUCUAUAAUAGUCCAGAUGAUUUCAACACCGAUCUAAUGCAGACCACAUUGAUGCUAACUAGACCUUGUUUAAACAAGCAUUCUGAGAAUUCUUUAGCUGUUCUUAUAUAUUUUGACUUAACCUUUUAUAUCAGCUAA